AUGGAUUGGGAGGAGCAGCUGUGGACACACACGUCCAUGGUCAUGGUGGGCACAUCCAACCACAGCGACGCAGUCAUGUGCAGCUCGGCCGUAACCAUCACCACCGUCAUCGCCAUCGACUGCACAGCCGACAUCACACGCGGGCCAACACCAGCCCCAAUCUGGCGUGAGGCAGACAAUGCACAUGUCAGUCGCUCUGAUAAAAGAGGUGAGCAAUGUCUGAUGUGUGGCUGCAUUGUGGAUGAACUGGCCCUCUGUCUCUUGUCCAUCUCCUCCUCGUCAUCGUCAUCCUUGGGGUCACCAACAGCAGCGGCUGCGGCCAUGGAUGUGGAGCCUUCCCCAUGUGAUGUGGAGCGGUUGAGGCGUGAUCGAGACGGCGGCAACACAGGCACGCAGGGCAGGCUAGCUCGCUGCUGCUGUGAUGACGAUGGUGGCCGUGGCAUGUGA